CCCAGAUGACCACCGUUGCAGGAGCUUUCCUUCUCUCCCCGUUUCAAGAAAAAAGAAGCUACACAGAUUCAACCUCCAUUCAAACCAUGGCUUGCCACCUUAGAUCCGCGAGCGUGCCAUCCAGCCCUCGCUCUAACAAAGCCAGCAUCGAUGAACAGCUGCAGAGCCUGAAGGCAACCAUCUCCUCACCUUCAGUGGCCAUUCAAACCAUGGUUGAUGGUCUCAACAAGAUCGUGAGCAUCUACAGCUGCAUUGACGAGCUCACAUCCUUGCCCGGCAACCAACGUCAGCAGAGGAAGGCAGUGGAGGAGGAGCUCGAGCGCUCCCUUGUCCUGCUUGACCUCUGCAACGCCGUGCAAGAGAACUUUGCAGAGCUCAAGGUCAGCGUCCAGGAGAUGCAGCUGGUUCUCAAGAGAGGAGACAACGCGGCUCUUCAGGCCAAGGUUCAAUCUUACGUACGCUUGGCCAAGAAGACACAGAAGCAGUUCAAGAAGAUCAACAGCAAGGCUGCCUCUGACAUCGAAGGAUUCAAGGUAGUCAUGUUGUUGGCUGAAGCAAGGGAGAUUGCUGUGUCGAUGCUUGAAUCGGCCUCACAUCUCCUCUCGAAGAAGAUCGCGCUGCCCAGCGCUAGCAAGUGGUCUCUUGUGUCCAAGGCAUUUGAGAAGAAGAAAUUUGUGUGCAAGGAGGAGCAAUUGCAGGCGUUGGAGUUGGACAUUGUUGAUCUUGAGAGUGGAGUUGCCACUUUGUUCAGGACACUGAUCCAGAGCAGAGUUUCUCUUCUGAACACUCUCACUCUGUAGAUAGAUCAUACAACAACUCUAAUGCCUGCGAUUAGCAUCCGUGUUUUAGAGGAUCUGCUGAUCAUCGAAACAAUUUUGAUGUACAUAUAUGAGAGUGUACAGAAAUAUACUCAACUGGAAGUCAAAGUUUUGAGUCUAUUUUCCUGA